AUCCCACACGAUACAUCUAAUCAGUACGUAUUGACAGAGAAAACAAAGAGACAUACAAAAAGGACAAAACAAAACAACUUCUCAAUUUUCCCAUAAUUCAAGAACAAGAUUAUCUCUCUCUUCGCUCUCUUGCUCGGUGAUCUUAGUCUCUUGCGCGGUGUGUUGACAAUAUGGAGCAUGAUGAGACGGGAUGCCAACCCCCUCCGGAAGGCCCUGUUUUGUGUAUUAACAACUGUGGCUUCUUCGGAAGUGCUGCAAACAUGAACAUGUGCUCUAAGUGUUACAAGGACACGGUAUUGAAACAAGAACAAGCUAAGCUUGCUGUAUCAUCCAUUGAAAACCUUGUCAAUGGAUCGAAAGGAAUGGUCGUUGUUGGCCCCGUAGAUGUGCAAACUAAUGCUGUUGAAGCCAAGUCUAUAGCUUUGCCAUCAUCUCAAACAUCAAGCUCUAGUGAUGUGGCCGAAGUAAAGGCCAAGGUGGGUCCCAACCGCUGCGGCGCUUGUAAAAAGAAGGUUGGCAUCACUGGAUUCAAAUGUCGAUGCGGCAACCUUUAUUGUGGAGCACACCACUACUCUGAUAAACAUGACUGCCAGUUUGAUUACCGCUCUGCUGCCCAGGAUGCAAUAGCAAAGGCCAACCCUGUUGUUAAGGCAGAAAAGCUAGACAAGAUCUAGAAGGGGGAAGUAUUGUGCUGAAAUUUGGUGAUUUGAUUUAGUGUCCAGAAGGGUCUUAUUUUUAGAUCUUAUUAAACCUGGGGACGAAGAAGAAGAAAAAAAGAUAUGUGCAGGUUGAAGAAAUAUUAGGGGAAUUUGGGUGUCGGUUCCAGUUUCAGGUCUUUCAUUUUGCUGGUUUGAUAUCACUUCGAUUAUGUCUUGUCACGUGUCGUUCUGAUUAACCUGGUAUUCUAUCAGAUUUUACAUGUCUAAAUGCUAUGUGAAAAUCUAGAUAACAUGUAAAAGUCCAUUGACUUGGUUGUGCUUUAUUAUUGUAAAUUUCCCUUCAUGAUC